CAGCAUCUAUCGCUCCACUCUGCUCCUUCCCUCUUCCCUCUCGGCAUCUCUCCCACGCUUUAGAGCUCAGCCUUCAGCUCUCCGGAUCCUCCCAUAUUCUCCCGAGCUGAGGUGGGCGUGUGGAGCCUCUGACCCUCUCUCGCCCACUCCCUUUCUCUGUCUCUCCCUCUUUGCUGCAGCUUCAGGGGGCUAUGGAUGGACUGCGUUUACCUCCACUCAUCGAGGAGGCUUUGGACUCUACAGAUGACCUGUGCGAUCUAAAAGCAGAGUGCAGCCCCACCAUGGACAACGAGAUAACAGCAAAGGAGAGAGGCAUCCUGGAGGAGAACAACGAGAAGGAGGAGAUGGACCAGGAGAGAGCUCAGGAGGAGGAGGGGGAAGAGAAGAAGCUGAAGGAGGAGGAAGGCGAAGGGGAGGAGAAGAGGAGGAAGGAGCAGGAGCCGCUGACAGAGGAGCAGGAGCUGGAGGAGCUGAGGGCCCAGGUGCUGCAGCUGCUGCUAGAGCUGGAAGAUGCCAGAGAGACCGCCAACAAACACCAGGAGAGCUUCAGUGAGCUGCAAGGUCUGUUGGAGGAUGAGCGUCUGGCCAGUGCCCAUCAGGCUGAAGCCUUUACACGCCAGAUUCAGAAUCUACAAGCCCAGCUGCGUUCUGUGCAGGAAGAGAUGGACAGCCUGGAGGAGGAGAAGGAGAGCGAGCUGCUCGAGGCCCAAGAGGAGCUGCGUGCGGCUCAGGAGGAGGUGCUCCUGCUUCAACAGGCGGCAGAGGAGGCCGCGGCAGAGAGGGAGAAUGACAUAGCCUCACUGCAGGAGGAGCUGUGCCGCCGUCGGGCUGAGCUGCAGCGCCUCAGCGAGGACACCCAGGAGUAUGAGCUGGAGAUCACCACGCUGAGAGCCGAGAUCAGCAUGAAGAGCCAGCGCCGGGAGGCCGAGAGGAGAGAGGGUGAUGUGGACCUGCUGAAGGAGGAGUGCCGUAUGCUGAAGGAGGAGUGUCAGACCCUGAAGGAAGACAACAGACGACUUUCUGAGAGGCUGCAGCUGCUGCAGAGACAGAGGACAUGCUCCAGUGUCUACCUGUCACUGAAGGAGGAAGAAGCAGGGGAGGGCACAGAGGGGAAAGAUAUGGAGACUGGCCCAGAUGAGGUCAUGACAGAGAGUUACAUGACCAUGGCCCAGUCUGGGAACUGUCGCCUGGUGGACGCCUCCAUCCAGAAGAAUAUUUCAUUUGAUGGGAAGCCCAUGACACCAACCAGCUGGAACGGAGGCAUCGGGGAGGUCUUCUCCCUGAGAGACCAGCUCAAACAGGCAGAAGAGAAGGCCUCGCAGGUUCAGAGAGAGUGUGACGGUCUGAAGAUGGAGCUGCAGGAGCUGCAGGUACUGUAUGACAGCAGUCAGAGGGAGAGAGCAGAGCUGGAGGAGGAGCUGCUACGCUGCAAGGCAGAGCUGGAGAAGCUGUCAGGGGAGGCUCAGAGAUUCAUCCAUCCAUCUGAGCACCCUGUUCUCUCCAUCCCCUUCAUAGGAAUGAUUGUAAUAGUGGCUGUGAUCUGGUGCUGGUUGUCGGAGCUGGCGUCCCAGAGGGCAAGGGGAGUGAGGUAGGUUGGAACUCCAUUUUGACUAUCACUGCAGCCACAGCAGUGCUACUAAUGAUGACUAGCUUGUUGAGAGCUCUCGUCCGAUGUUGAUUGGAUGGGCAACAACUGCACAGGGACAGACGUCUGCUUCAGACCAGCCCUCGUUCUCUCCUGCCAUGUCUAUAGACUGUACUGGAAUUAAAUGUGAUAGAGCUGACAACUGCGUAGUAGAAAAUGUAUGGAAACUAGUGUCUCCAAUGAAAAGGUACUACAUGCACACACACUCUGAGAAUGAUGCGCUCAGAGUCAUUUGAGAUUGAAGACGGCUGUGAUGAUGAGUUGACCUGCAGAGAGCCCACAUGAAGAUGUGAUCUCGCUCCAAUAAAUGUAUGCUAGUGCUGUGUCAUUCCUCCUCUGUGUCUGUAAAUAUUAUUUUUCUCUUCUUUACCUAACAAUGUGAUAAAAUGAAGGAUUUGAGUAUUAAUGUGCACCAAAUGGUUUUCAAUUUAUUUAAACAUUAUUUAUUUAUUUGUUUGUUUAAAUAUUGUUCAUCGUUGUUUAUGAUAAUAAUGACGAACAAGGAGUCUGCACUGAAAUCACUGAAAUGCAGGCUACAUGUGUGCAUUUACAUGCCCUUUAAAUAAUACCAGGAAGAGCAGUUUGAAUUUUUUUUGUUAUUGAGUUGUUGUUAAUGAGUUGACCAUUAAUUACUACUCACAUAUCCCCAAAUACUAAAUGCAAUAAAUGCUAUGUACUGCAAAAUUGCAUUAAAUGUUACGAAAUAGUCAACAUAGCGUUACAAACUAUCAUGAUACUGCCACCCAACAAAAAUCUGAUUUCUUUCCAUUGUAAACACCAAAGCCAUGGUAUUAUAAGGAGAACAGGUUUGGAUAACGAACACCUGCCAUUCUAAGUUCAGCGUUAAAGGCUAAUGUUUAACCUGACAUCACCCCUCAUGGGUGGAGCCAGCUCUUCUUCAGUGUUUUCCAGUUAUGUGCUUUGCUCCAGGCUGUCACUCUGUCUUCAUGGCUCUUUCUUAUGUUUGCCUCUGAAAUCAGACAGUUCCCAUCUUCCCCUUUAAUUAUUGGUUAACCAAGAUGCCACAAAAUCAGUGCAGCAUUUCUGAUUCAUCUUUCUGAAAUCUUACAGCUGUUGCUGCAUUGUUACACCUACAACUGGUUUGCUGUAGUUAAUAUAUAUAUAUAUAUAUAUAUAGUAAAUAUAUCUCAGCAACUUAAUUUCUUCAUCAAUUUUGACUUGUGGAGUGGAGAAACCUUUUCCCUCUCCAGCAGGAUUUAAAUGGCUUGGUUUUUCCAAGUGUACUGUUAAUUUAGAUUCUUGUUGAUCGCAGGUUGUUGUGAGAAUGUUGACCGUCAGCAUUCCCUUGUUUACUGACAACAAAAACUGCAGAUCUGAUUAACACCGGUUGACAUCUGGUCACACCUAGACUAAACCACUGAUGCAGCUGAAGUUAAAGAUCAAAGUUAGUCAGUUGUAAGGGCAUUUUAGAAAUGGAUAUGGUUCCAAAACAUGUAAAUAGGAAGGUGUCAGAAAUAUUUAGCUUGUUUAAGCAUCAAUUACAAUAAAUAUAUGUAUAUGUGGAAAGACUCCACAGGAUUAUUGUUUACAAUUGUGAAAUGUUUUUUUGUGAAACUAUUUUAGAACUGAAAAAAAGCAUGCUAGAAAACAUAUAGAAGCACAAUAUAUAAUUUAUGUUGAUUCUGUCACUUUGUAUUCCAUGUAAAUAGAUGUGACAUAUAGUACUAUGGGAGAGAUAUUUCUUAAAUCCAUUUGUACUAGCUUUCUAGAAAGUUUAUUCUAUUUUGAAAGAACAUCGUAUAUUUGAUAGCCAAAUUAUAUACUGUGUAAAUGUUUAUUUAUGGUGAUGGUAUUCGGAACAACUGCUAGCAACGCUCAUCAUUUUCACUUCCUCUUUGUUCAAAGGUGGUGUAGUCAUUGCAUGCAUUUAGAUUGCGUUUGACCUUAGUUGCCAGAAAUAACAAUGUGACACCUGGUUUUUCCAGUUUGUUAGAUUUGAGAAAUGUAUUGAAAUCUUUUCUGAAACAUUUGUCUUUAGAAAAACAGAACCUUGAUAAUGCAGGAACAAUGUUAUUUCUGCAUAUGAACACUAUACUAAGGAAAUAAUGUGCCACUGGACUGCAAAUGUUGUCACUGUCUAUUUAAAAAAUUGUUUCAAAUUAAAUUCCCUUUGACUGCAAUGGUACAAAUGAAUGUUGUCUGAUUCAGAACAUAAUUUUUCAUUAUUUCUGAGUUUACUUCAUGAAUAUUAACUUUAUCAUAGUUUCACAAGCUUCUAUCUUGCACAGUGUUUCUCAGCUUGUUGCUUUACAUAUUGAUAGAAUUGUUGUUUUCAAUAUAGUCGUGGCUAUUUUGUUACCUGGAGGUCUAUUUUGUACUGUAAAUGACUUUAGAAAAUAAAUAUACACACCCCA